AUGAUGGCUGAGGGGCGCUUUGCCAGUCUGCCCAGGUCUCUGCACACGCAUCACCCUCCUCUGACGGGACCCUCAUACUCCCUGGGACCCCCCACCUGCUCUUCAAGGAGACUCCAGGGGUCUCUGGCCUCCUCCAUGGACCUGCUCGGUGCCAGGUCUGGCUGUGCCUCUGGCCCCAGUGGCAGCCUGUCAGAGCUCUCUGCAGCUCAGCAGGUGUCUCUCCACGGCACUCUCCCGCGGCGAAAGAAAGUGGGCCACAACCUGACACAGAGCACCCACACCUGGGACCACCGGGCCAAACACUGCCCCACAGCCCCCCUCAGCCCGGGGCAUGUUCAGCUGCUGCCCUCUCCUCUGGUCCAAGGCAUCAAAGAGGACUUCCAUGGACACAGGGACCCUUCAGCUGCUCUGGAUGCAACUGUGGACUAUGUCAAGUUCUCCAGAGAUCAGUUCAUCCUGGACUGUCCUCCGGAGAAGCUUCGGCGAGAGCUGGAGGAGGAGCUCAAGAUGAACGGUGACGAGCCCCGGAGCCACGCAUGGUUCCACGGAGCCAUCCCCCGACAGGUGGCAGAAAACCUGGUCCAGCGAGACGGAGAUUUCCUGGUUCGUGAUUCGCUGUCAAGUCCAGGAAGUUACGUUAUGACCUGCCAAUGGCGAAACAUCGCUCAGCACUUUAAGAUUAACAAGAAGGUUGUGAUGUUGAAUGAAGCUUAUUCCAGAGUGGAAUAUCGCUUGGACAAAGAAGGAUUCAACAGUGUUCCUGCACUUAUUAGAUACUACGUGGGCAACAGAAAACCCGUUUCACAGGUCGUUGGAGCCAUAAUCUUUCAGCCCAUCAACCGAGCGCUGCCUCUGCGCUGCUUGGAGGAGAAGUAUGGUCUGUCCAGCAGCCACAGAGACACAGCACUGUCGGCACAAGAGAAGAAGAACCAGAAGCGCCUCAGCCUCAACAUCACCAACGGACACGCUCACGAAAAACACAGCGUCAACGAAGAGUCGCCGUCCCAGGACAGCGGCCUGAGCCGAGGACACCAGCUCAGAUUGAAAGACCGCUGUGGGAGCCAACCUGCUAGCUUGAACCAGAUCCUGGAAAGACGACGCCCACUCAAGGCGCACCAAUCAGAAAGCUUCCUACCACUUGGCUGUAAACCGUCUCUCUCUCCUGACACACAAACUCCCAGUCCAAACCCCAAGUCCCCAGUCUUUCGCACUGGGAGUGAGCCGGUCCUCAGCCCCUCUUUCGCUCGAAGGAUCGUAGAGACAGGUCAGGCUCUCCGUGGCUCCGACAGUCAGCUGUGUCCUAAGCCUCCUCCUAAACCCAGCAAGCUGCUCCUGACCCGUCUCCCGCGCUCUCCGGCCCUGCAGCCCUUAGCCCCGCCCACCUGCAAUUCUGGCCAAUCAGACAGCUGCCCUAGCCCCUCCUCAGAUCCACUGUGUCUGGACACUCCGAGCUCGACUUGGAGAAGUGCGGCUUCGUCAGGAGGGAGGCCCCAGUACCUGCUCCUUUCUCCGGGCGCCACUGAUGCCCCGGAACUUGACCCAGGGAUGAGGCGACCAGAGGGACCAGAGCGAGGAGAGCGACCAGAACGACCCGACCCCAGCCCCAGCUCGCUCCGAUGUCCAGACAUAAACUCCUACAGCGUCUCCAUGGACAGCCUCCUCUCUGCCCCCUGCAGCUACGUGGAGAGACUGACCAAAUCCGGACACAUCGACCUCGGGAACGACCCUGAGGGACAUGGGAGGGGUCUGGACCGGAGCUCGUACCACAACGCCAUCACCGCUUUGGAAAACAGCGAGGAGGAGGAGCAGGAGGAGUAUGAGAAUGAUGGGGAUUGUGGGUUUGUGAGGCCGGUGAUGGAGAUGGAGUCGGCGUUUGAUCCCACUGGGUUCGAGUCCCGACUGCUCCCGGAGGUGAACAAACCUCUGGAGAUGAGCGUCCUGAAGAGAGCCAAAGAACUGCUGCUGAGCCACGACCACCGCAGCAUCGCACGCCACCUGCUCAUGGCCGACUGUCAGGUUGCUCGGAUCCUGGGCGUGAGUGCAGAGGUCCGGCGUGGGAUGGGUGUGGCGUCCGGGCUGGAGCUGGUGACUCUGCCCCAUGGUCAGCAGCUCAGACUGGACCUGAUGGAGAGGCACCACACGAUGGCGGUGGGCGUGGCGGUGGAUAUUCUGGGAUGCACGGGCAGCGUGGAGGAGCGGGCGUCGACCCUGAACCGGAUCAUUCUGGUGGCGGUGGAGCUGAAGGACACGGCGGGCGACAUGUUUGCUUUCACAGCUCUGAUGAAAGCCCUGGACAUGCCACAGAUCACUCGCUUGGAGGAAACAUGGACUGUUUUACGGAGGAACUUCACGCAAACUGCCAUCGGUUACGAGAAAUCACUCAAACCUUUUUUCAAGAGCUUGUACGAAGGCACAGCGGCUCUGGACUCUGCGGUCUGCGUCCCUCUCCUGCUGCCACUGCUCACUCUGAUGGAGCGUCCACCCAUGGGUCCUGAGGGUGCAGAGCUUUGGGAAACCAGUGACCACGGCUGUGACAUCAUGCUGCGCCACCUGGAGGCCGCUCGGGAAAUGGCACACAACUCCCACCGCUUCACAACAAACGCACACAAGAUCUUGCAAGGUUUUGAGAUCGACAAAGAUCUAUUGGAGGUUUUUAAGACGGACUUUCAGCUCCGCCUCCUGUGGGGAAGCAGAGGGGCCACUGUCAACCAAUCAGAUCGCUACAACAAGUUCAACCUCAUCCUCACGGCGUUGUCACGGAAACUGGAACCGACGGCCAAAACUCACACGUUAAUCUAA